GCUUAGCGAUGAAGUAGUACUACUACCGUGACAUAUACCGUUGAGCGCUGGGGCCCGGGGUAUCACUCAUGCUUUUUCUGCCGGACUCUUGUGGACGUUUUCCGGUAGGGGCGACUACCUUCAAACUUCCCGUAUCCACGAAAGUGCUGGGCACUGCGAAGAUACGCAGUCACAGUGACGGCGGACCUUCCGUGAAACCUGCUUUACAACUCGAUGAAGUCGUAUUCACUGCCUAUUAUCCUGCGGACAUAAAGGGCAGAAAUAUUAAGAAAGGCCUGGACUGGCUUCUUCGUCCGCUGCAAGCAUCUCUACAUGGGUAUGCACAUUAUUCAGGGAUUUCCACCUGGUUUUUAUGGCCUAUCGUGUAUCUUUACGGUCGCCUGUUGAAAAUCCCAGUCUAUCCAAAUGCACCUCUUUUGAGGCAGUGCCACACUGCAUCUCCAGAGCAUACUCAGGCUAGAUCUGAAACUUGCCCUUCAAGUUGGCCACUUGUAAUAUUCUCACAUGGUCUGGGCGGUAGUCGAACAGCUUACAGUCAAGUGUGCACUCGUCUUGCAUCUUCGGGACGAGUGGUUCUAGCCAUCCAGCACCGUGAUGGCUCGGGUCACGCAUUCAUUUCAUCGACUACCGGACCUGGACUCUACGUCAAAGAAGAGGACCUGAUGUGGACUUCGAAUGAGGAAAAACCGAUGAUUAAUUUUCGACAGCAACAGCUGACUUUUAGGCGAUAUGAGAUACACCUUGCAUUCCGUAGUUUCAAACAAUUGAUUCAAGAUGGAUACAAAGGUUCCAGCCAUGGCUUACGGUCCACAGACAAGGAAUUUGUCGACUGGUCUUCGUGGUUAAGCGAAGUCGAUACCAAGGCAGUCGAAUGCGAAAAAGACGUCCUCCUUGCUGGACAUUCAUUCGGUGGUGCUACUGUUUUCACAAUCCUUUCUACAGAUCCUCCUGCUGGCGUCUCCGCACCCAUUCCUGUUCAUAAAGCCUUGAUCUUGGAUCCUUGGCUAGAACCGAUCCCUUCCCCUGGCCCACACCCACCUCAAGGACCAGGAAAUGUUUUGCCUCAGUUGCUUGUCAUUAACUCUGAAAGGUUCAGCCUAUGGAAGGAUCAUUUUGCGCGAUUGAUCGGCGUGGUGCAAGCUUGGGAGCCUGAGAAACGGAGAAUACUGACUAUCUUACGCUCACAGCAUGAAUCAUUCUCGGAUUUCUCUCUCCUUCCGCUUGUGUCUCGGAGACCUGCACGCAUAGUGAUGGACAGGAUUGUAGAAUUAUCAGAGGCAUUCAUAGAUGGUAACGUAGACAAGUUUAUAAACGAAAUUGCGACCAGGAAGAUGGAAAUCUGUAUAGUUGGGAAAAAGCCAGACGGUUCACCACAACGACAGCUUGUGGGUGAGGUCGGGGAGCUCAUAGCCCACUGAAUUAGAUACGUUACCUAGCUAGCGCCCACAGAUAAUCAAAUUGCAAAUUAACUAUUUACAAAAA